AUGGAACCAGCUACCAGCCAUCUGAGCCGAUCCCCUGCGCCAAGGGUUGCGGCUUUUUCGGGAAACCCCCCCGCUGCGAUUGAUGCUAAACCCUCGUCGUCGUCGGCGGCGGCUCAGCCGGUUGAGGCUUCUACGGCGGUUUCCGAUGAAUCGACGGCGGCGGCGGCGGACAGCGGCGUCGUGAAGAAGCCGAGUAACCGGUGCGCUUGCUGCAACAAGAAGGUCGGGGUGAUGGGUUUCGCUUGCCGAUGCGGCGAUACCUUCUGCGGGCUGCACAGAUACCCGGAGAAGCACGAUUGCGGCUUCGAUUUCAAGGGCCAAGGUCGUCAGGCGAUCGCCAAGGCCAACCCGGUGGUGAAGGGAGACAAACUCCAGAGGUUGUGA